AAAGAUUUCUCGAUGGGCUAAUGGAAGAUGGGUUGCCGCAAUUUACAAUGAGACUUCGCGAUAGGCGAGUACAAACGUCGUAUCCUGUAAGAUUAACGUGUCAAGUUUUCGGUUGCCCAGAACCUGAAGUAUCCUGGUUGAAGGAUGGCAAAUUUCUUACCGAAACUCCGACACGAUCGAUCCAUACCGACGAGUCUCACUUCUACACAUUAGAGAUAGAAAGGGCGAGUCUAGAUGAUUGUGGAUGCUACACAGCUUGUGCGAAAAAUGCUAAUGGAUCGAUAUCUUGCCGAUGUGUUCUUGUAGUGGACAAGGGGAUUCGGGCCUAUGUUGCCCCACGAUUUCAUUAUGAAUUAGAAGUUGCGCAUGCUGUCAAAGUUGAUGGUGACCUUAGGCUGAGAACUCAAAUAGAGGCUUACCCCAGCGUUGGAGUUGUUUGGCAUCGAGAUGGAAUCCGUCUACGACCACGAAGAACAGCAACAAUGACAUUAAGUCAUGAUGGCAUUGCUGAAUUGAUCCUGGCGAAAGUUAGAAACCGAGAUGCUGGCAUCUACACUUGCACGGCCACCAAUGAAGUUGGCAAAGUCGAAACAUCCACCAAAGUGUGCGUGAUUGGAGCGGAUGAUAGCAUUAACAUUGCAGAUAAUGACGCUAUACUUCAAGUUAACAUUAAUCCGCCUGAUAUUGAUAUUCCCUAUUCGAAAGUACCCUUAUUCGUGACGAAACCAUUAUCAACAGAGGCACAGGAAGGCGAUACGAUAAUUAUACAGUGCGAGGUUGUAGCCGAUCCGAAGCCUGAGGUUAUUUGGUUGCGCGACUUUUUGAAACCGGACUACUAUCGUGACGCGGUGCACUUCCGGUGUAUAGGUGCCGGUCCCCAAUACCGCUUAGAAAUUCCUCAUGCCAAGCUCGAUUAUACGGGUACUUACUCGGUACUCGCUAAGAACGAACAUGGCGAGGCCAAGGCCGUGAUAUCCUUGCAGAUUUAUGCCAAAGGACAAGGACGUAGUGACAGUAUGGAUCAAAUGAACGUCAAACGGGGGAUCGAUUCCGGAAGUGGCUUCCGUCGCAAACCCAAAAUUUGUCCACCAAAGUUUUACUCAAUACCUCAUAAUCGUGUGGCCGAAGAGGGCGAGACAGUACGUUUUCAAUGUGCAGUGGCAGGUCAUCCUAUGCCUUGGUGUGUUUGGGAUAAGAAUGGUAUCGGUAUUACCUCAAAUACAAGAAUAAGCUUGAAGGAAAAAGAUGAUGUGAGAAUCCUGGAGAUCGCGGGAGUGACACUCGAAGACAUUGGAUUAUAUCGAGUAACGCUAGAAAAUGACAUUGGGAGAACUGAGGCAACUGCUCGACUAGAGAUCAUAAGUGAGUAA